UUCAGGUCGACGACGUGUAGCAGCAGCUAGGAGGGCCGUUCGUGGGACAGACCGUGUCAUACGCUUCAUUAGCCAUGGCGCAACCUCCAUAUAUGAACUCUAGGUCUCCACCACCACUUCAACACCCUAAACCUACUCAUCCAGCUUAUCCACCUCCUGAACCACCUCACACACCGGGAACUUCCAACAAUUCGUCACCCUAUUCUCAAGCCCAGCGUAUAUCUCAAGAUGGAGCUGGGUACACGAGGUACUCGUCCCCGCCAGUUGGUGAACACUCGUCAGCUGGAGCUGCGACGGGUAUCUCUGCAUCGUCUUCAGGGGUGAAUGGUAACCUGUACGGAGCGCCGAAUGCUCAAACCCAUCCUCGGCAAGGGUAUGGAGCUAGUCCUAACCCACCAGCGAUGGGCGGAUACGGCAUGAACGCGCCUCAGGGAUUCGGUGCUUGGGCAGGUAUGAAUGACGCGACGGCUCAGAUGGGUGUGCAAUUUGGAAAGAGUGCAGUCGCAGCAGGUCAAGAGUACGUCGAGAAGAAUUUCACACGGUAUCUCCCCCUUCAACUCAUCAAGAUAUCGUUCUCAGUCACCAACUCUUAUGUUCUGAGGAAGCUGCGCUUGAUCCUUUUCCCGUGGCGUCAUUCACCCUGGGCACGCCAGGUCAAACGGACAGGAGAAGGAGGUGUGGAGGGUUGGCAGCCUCCCAGGGACGAUAUCAACGCGCCGGAUCUGUACAUUCCUACCAUGGCCUUGGUCACGUACACCCUGUUGUCUGCUCUAGCCUCUGGAUUACAAUCAAAGUUCCACCCAGAGAUCCUCGGGUUCACUCUCAGCAAGGCGCUCGCUGUAGUUAUCGUCGAAUUCUGCAUCAUUAAACUGGGAUGCUACCUGCUGGACGUCAGAAACAGCGGAGCAAGUGGCGUGGAAUUGAUAGGUUAUGGUGGCUACAAAUUUGUCGGGAUCAUCUUGACCAUCUUGGUCGGAUUCUUAAAUCUCGGUCGAUUGACUUCCAUCGCUGUCUUUGUCUAUGCCCUCUGCGCGAACGGCUUCUUCCUCCUGCGAUCGCUCAAAUACGUCCUUUUGCCCGAUCCAUCUUCCAUGCCUGCUGUCACUGCAGGCACACUAUCACACUCGCAAAGAUCCCGUCGCGUACAAUUCCUCCUUUUCGUAGCUGCCACGCAGCUCAUCUGGAUGGGCUGGCUGUCCAGGGUAUGACGAUUUUCACCAUGACGUUAUGCAUCUAGAGCCGCGCUUGUGGCACAUCAUUCGAUCAAAAGCAAAGCAGCAUCCGGUAGCCUAGCCUUCUCACUUCAGUUCCACUUCGUAGCUCAGCUUAGACGACUGCGCUCUGCGUGCUGGGGCGCCCGCGGGG